ACAUCGUUGCUUUUAGCUUUGGAUUUUGCUACAAAACCUAGCAGUAGUAAUGGUAUGAAAGUUGUUCCCAAUGUGCCACUGAUAGAAAUUUUCAAACCAAGGGAAAGAACAGAUGAGGUCGAUAUUGAAUACCAGGCUUUGGAAGCCUCAUUUUUUACCAAUGUUUUUAGAAAUAUGUUAGCAACAUUCGUCGGGAACUGGAAAACUGAAAACUUUUUUGAAACAUAUCAGAAAUUAUAAUCUUUUCGUAAAAAGCAAAAUUUAUUUUGUCCAAUUUGAUGAAGAUCUGAGAAGACACGAAGAUACUUAUUGGUAUGAAUCAUGGCGCACUUUUUUCCAAGAUGAGCUUAUGCUAAAGUUAGCUCUUGAGUUAAUAAAGAUAUUCUUCGAAAGACAUGACCAAGAUUCCUGCCUCGUUGCCGAAUUCUUUCACACAUUUUGCAUCUCAUAUCGAACUCAAGAAUAUCUAUUCUUUAAGUGUAAACCUCAAAUAACGGAGUAUAUUUUGUAUCAUUUGCAGAAAGCAAAGGUUCAUGUAAAUGAUGUCUUCAAUUCUGAGCCACGUCUGAUGUAUCUGCUACGAGAAAUCGUGGAAAAGAAGCUGGACAACUUGUUGUUGCUUCUCAAGUACGACUCUGGAAAUAUAUACCCAUUCUUGGAUAAUGAAGGGCUAAAGGAGUUGGCGAGUGAGGUUCGAUUACACAGACGCCCGCUAUUUUGGGAAUCCUGUAGGCGAGUCAAGGUGGCAGUGAUAGCAGAUGCGAAGCUGUUAAAGAACAGAGAGGUUUAUAUUCUUGAGGUCGUUCUCUCGUUUUUAGAUCAUAUUAUCGGAGCUCCUUCAUUUGAAACCUAUUGCAAGAUCCUGAGGUUCAUCUGGAGAUCCAUUCCUGAUGCUUAUAUUUCAUACGAAGAGAUGAGACAUGUACCUCUCGUACUUCAAGGCGAGUGCGACAAAUGUGUGGAAGACAUUAUCGAGGAGAUUCAGAAGCGUGACUUCGAAAACUUUACUGCCAUCCCUCAACCCAGGAGUCUGAUGCAUUAUUCCCGAUGCACAAUCAGACGCGCGCUGAAUUGCAAUUUACAACUGCCACAAGGGAUUGAACAAUUAGGUCUGCAUAGACGAAUGCAGUCCUACCUGAAAAUCGAAUAUUAGUUUUCGAGUAUGUCUUGUUUCAAGAUCAUAUAGUUUGUCUUGUAGUAAAUACUGUGUUUCUCUACAUGUAAAGUAAAAUAUUUUUAUACAAGAAAUAAAACUUUCUUGAAAAUGA